CAUCUAGCUGGUUUUGCCUGUGGAGAAGUGGUUUUAUGUGUGUAUGUAUUUAUAUAUACAUAUACACAUAAGUAAAAAUUUAAAGGAUCAGGAGGAAGCUUGAUUUGGUUUGGUAUUAGCAGCCAAAUAGGGAUCUGUGAGGCUUAAGGCAAUGAAUAAGCUGUGGUUUAUGCUGUUAAUGGAGUAGGGAGAGGAAGAACAGGAUUGGGGGUUGGAUCUUGUUAGUCUGUAAAAUAAAUUAUGUAUUUAUUACUGUUCAUGGAAAUCUAUAGGAGCACUGUCCAUAGGAUAAAAGAUGUGCUCUGUUCGGAAUGGAGCUUUUCCCCAGCCUACCUACCUAGUAAUAAAUAUAUUCAGUGAUGAUGCCCUUGCCUUGGAACAACCCAGCGUGUGAGCAGGCACCCAGAGCUGCUAUCUGCAGCUGCUUGAGCUACUUUUGUGAGCAAAAGCGCUGCAGCAACACACAUUGAGGCACUCGCUCUGUCAGUCAUCGCUCCCAUUCCUUUGCUCGGAAGAAGCUUCCUGAGAUAAGAGGUCACAAGUUUCUCCAGAAGAAGGCAAAGCUUGAGCCUGCUGUGUGGGUCACGUCCGCACCGAGGUGCCUGUGAGUGUUGCUGGCUGGCCUGGCCCUGUGGGCUCUUCACACCCUCUACAUCCAUCCCAAAAGAGCGCACAGCCCAGGACAGAAGCAGCUGGAGGCUCUUGUAGCCAGUCUGGUGUUUUUCUCACAAAGUAAGGGGAUGAGAGUGACUGCAAAAGGAGUACGCAGAGCGGCUGGGAGUUUGGUCAACUGCUGCUGGGAAUCCUCAGUGGCUGGUGGAGGCUGAUGGCCUUGGCCUUUGGCCCUGAGCACUAACACAGGUGCUUUCAGUGCUGGUCAGUGUGUGUUUUUAACCGAAAAGACUCGAUAGCGGGGGACACCCACUCCUGCUAAGCCGCAGGAGGAGCUCCCCGGCCCCUUGCGCUGACAGGACGGACCGCCGCGCUGGUGCCCGGCCUCCCCCCCGUGCACACCCCCGGGCUCCCCGCCGCUUCCCCCAGCCCUCAGCGGCCCGGCCGAGACCUUCGGGCCCCCGGCAGGGGGGAGCCGGGCGGGGCCGUGCGGGGGGUAGGACGCGAACGGCCGCGGCCAGGCUCUGCCCUCGCCGUGCACCCACCCGCUAGGGGGGCCCCGGGCGGAGCGGCCCCAGCGCCCGCUCCCCGCCCAAUGAGCAGGGAGGCAGGGGCCGGCCCGGCCCGGCCGCGCUAUAAGAAGCGGGGCGGUGGCAGUCCCCCAGCGAGGCCGCAUUUGCUGGUAGCGGGACGGGUCGUGAGCAGCCACCAUGUGCGGAAUUUUUGCUUAUCUGAACUACAGAGUACCUCGGACUCGAAAGGAAAUAUUUGAAACCCUGAUAAAAGGAUUACAGAGAUUGGAAUACAGAGGAUAUGACUCUGCAGGAGUGGCAAUUGAUGGAAAUAAUAAUGAAGAUAAAGAAAGGUUCAUCAAACUGGUCAAGAAAAGAGGAAAAGUAAAGGCCCUGGAAGAAGAGUUGUACAAACAAGAUGGCUUGGAUUCCAAAGCAGAUUUUGAAACACAUUUUGGAAUUGCUCAUACUCGCUGGGCGACCCAUGGAGUACCAAGUGCAAUAAACAGUCACCCUCAGAGAUCAGAUAAAGGGAAUGAAUUUGUUGUUAUCCAUAAUGGAAUCAUCACAAAUUACAAGGACCUGAGAAAAUUUUUGGAGAGCAAAGGCUACGAAUUCGAAUCUGAAACAGAUACAGAAACGAUCCCCAAAUUGAUCAAAUACAUGUAUGACAACAGAGAGAGUGAAGACACCAGUUUUUCAGCCUUGGUAGAAAGAGUUAUUCAACAGCUGGAAGGUGCUUUUGCAUUGGUUUUCAAGAGUAUCCAUUACCCAGGAGAAGCUGUUGCUACCAGGAGAGGGAGUCCUUUGCUCAUUGGGGUUAGAAGCAAGUACAAGCUCUCCACUGAACAGAUUCCUGUUCUAUAUAGAACAUGCAACAUUGAGAAUGUGAAGAACAUGUGCAAUUCACGAAUGAAAAGACUGGACAGCUCUACCUGCCUUCAUGCUGUUGGGGAUAAGGCAGUAGAAUUUUUCUUUGCUUCAGAUGCAAGUGCUAUCAUUGAGCAUACCAACAGAGUAAUUUUCUUAGAAGAUGAUGACAUUGCAGCAGUAACUGAUGGGAAGCUUUCAAUUCACCGUCUCGAGCGUUCAGCUAGUGAUGAUCCUUCCAGGGCCAUACAAACCUUGCAGAUGGAAUUGCAGCAAAUCAUGAAGGGUAACUUCAGUGCAUUCAUGCAAAAGGAGAUCUUUGAACAACCGGAAUCAGUUGUCAACACUAUGAGAGGCAGGGUGAAUUUUGAGAGCAGCACAGUUCUGCUGGGGGGCCUGAAGGACCAUUUGAAAGAAAUCAGAAGAUGCCGAAGACUGAUCAUUAUUGGCUGUGGGACCAGUUAUCAUGCUGCAGUAGCCACUCGACAAGUAUUGGAAGAAUUAACUGAACUACCAGUGAUGGUGGAACUUGCUAGUGACUUCCUGGAUAGAAACACACCUGUGUUCAGAGAUGAUGUGUGCUUUUUUAUAAGUCAGUCAGGUGAAACUGCAGAUACUCUUAUGGCCUUGAGGUAUUGUAAAGAACGUCGUGCUCUGACAGUUGGCAUAACAAACACAGUUGGAAGCUCGAUAUCCAGGGAGACUGACUGUGGUGUACAUAUCAAUGCAGGACCUGAAAUAGGUGUGGCAAGCACAAAGGCUUAUACCAGCCAAUUUGUGUCUCUUGUAAUGUUUGGCCUAAUGAUGUCUGAAGACAGGAUUUCCUUGCAGAAAAGGAGACAGGAAAUCAUAAGUGGACUAAAAUCGUUGCCAGAGAUGAUUAAGGAAGUCUUGACCUUGGAUGAGAAGAUUCAUGAUUUGGCUCUUGAACUGUACAAACAAAGAUCACUGCUGGUUAUGGGUCGUGGAUAUAAUUAUGCCACUUGUCUGGAAGGAGCUCUGAAAAUAAAAGAAAUUACAUAUAUGCACUCUGAAGGUAUCCUGGCUGGUGAGCUGAAACAUGGACCACUAGCCCUAAUAGAUAAACAAAUGCCGGUUAUCAUGGUGAUAAUGAAGGAUCCUUGCUUCACCAAGUGCCAGAAUGCUCUGCAACAGGUCACUGCUCGACAGGGUCGUCCAAUCAUUCUGUGUUCUAAAGAAGACACAGAAAGCUCAAAAUUUGCCUACAAGACCAUUGAGCUGCCUCAUACAGUUGACUGCCUUCAAGGAGUCUUGAGUGUUAUUCCUCUCCAGUUGCUUUCAUUCCACCUGGCUGUUCUCAGAGGAUAUGAUGUGGAUUUUCCGAGGAAUUUGGCCAAAUCUGUUACUGUAGAAUAAUGGCAAAGAACACCUGAUAUUUUUUUUUGUCACCUGACCUCUGAGUUAUACUUGUAGAGAUGUGUUGUUCUGAAUUGAUAGAUACAUGUUUUUUUUGAAAGAGAAUGACAGUGCUAAGUGGCAAGUGUCAGAAUGAUUUAUCUUGCAGCUUUAAAAGCUUUCAAUGUGCCUUGUUACCCAAGUGCUUUUGCUCACAGCAAAUAUACCUUUAAGUCCUGAAAUUGCCAAAGGAGAAGACAAAAAUAAUUGUUUACACAUGGUAUACUGAAUGAACUUUUCUACUGUGCAAUAUAUAUAUACAGCUCUCUUCAGAGUAACUGUGAACAUUUUUUAGCCUACACUACUUAACUAGUUUUAAAGAUAAAGUAUUUAUAAGUACAAUUGUAUAGCUUUUUUAAGUUAUUUUUUUUUAGUAUGUUGCUUAUCUGUAGCAUUGGUAAUGCUCAGAAUGUAAAUACUGAGCAUCUUGACACACUUACUCGUGUACAGUUUUUAGAGUGUUUUUUCCUACUUCAGCCUCAAACUGGAAAUUUGUUGUCCCUCUUCCCACCCAGCUUCUGCUUCCCUGCCCUUGUGACUGUUUUGUAUUUAACCAGUCUUUUGUAAAGCUCUUCUGUGGCUGUAAAUUCCCAGCUAUGUUUUAAAUUCCUGUUUCUUUCAACUAAUUAUUUGAAAAGCCAGAACAACAUCUUGUUUUGUAUGCUGCCCCAGCUCUUACUUGCCUAACAUGUACAGUGCAACAAAAUAAGGGAACUUAGAUGUCUUUCAUCAAAUGAUACUUCUGUAUGAAGUAUGUACAAUGAAAUUAAAAUGCAAUUAAAGAAAAGAUUAUAUAGAU